AUAGAAAAGAUUUCAGUUGACGAUCGAUUUGCCGGUUUGUAAAGAUUACUGUUUGUAGAACGAAAUAAACAUGGUGGUGAAAAAUACAACAACCAUUCUCAAGAGACUGAGAGCUCUGUUGAAGAACACAACAUAUGUUACGGAACAAAUACAUGCAUAUAUUGUACCAUCAGGAGAUGCCCAUCAGAGUGAAUACAUAGCCCCAUGUGAUUGUAGAAGAGAAUUUGUAUCAGGAUUUUCUGGAUCAGCAGGAACAGCUGUAAUAACCAGUGAUAAAGCAGCACUUUGGACAGAUGGGCGAUAUUAUCUCCAGGCAGAGAAACAAAUUGAUGCAAACUGGAUCCUUAUGAAAGAUGGUUUACCAGACACUUUAUCACAAGCAGAAUGGCUGUCAAAGGAAUUACCUGUUGGUGGCAGAGUUGGAGUUGAUCCUUACCUAAUGUCUUCUGAGACUUGGAAACCAAUGGAUAAAGUUUUAAAAGAGGCUGGACAUAUGUUAGUCCCUGUAUCACAGAACUUAGUAGAUCUUGCUUGGGAGGAUAGACCAUCUCCUCCACAGAAUCCAUUGAUGGUCCUUCCUGAUUCGUACACAGGACAGAAAUGGGAAGACAAAGUGCUGAAAGUAAGAGAAAAAAUGAAGUCCAAGAACUGUGGUGCCUUCGUUGUAACACCUCUUGAUGAAUUAGCAUGGCUGUUUAAUUUGAGAGGUUCAGACAUUCAGUAUAAUCCAGUUUUCUUUGGUUAUGUUGUUGUUACCAAGGAAACAGUUGAUCUGUUUAUAGAUGAGGAGAGGUUAGUAAGUAGUGUAAAAGAUCACUUACGUCUAAAUGGCUCAUCUGGUGGUAAAGUUGCUGUUACAAUACAUCCAUAUGGAGAUGUAGGAAAGUUUGUGGCUGAGCUUGUGGAUAAAGUGGAAGGUAAAAUCUGGAUCAAUCCAAAGUCAAGUUUUGCUGUGUUUAAUGCAGUUCCAAAAAACAGAAGAUAUGUUCAGCCAUCACCUGUUACUGCCAUGAAAGCUGUCAAAAAUGCUACAGAAAUAGCUGGUAUGAGGCGAGCACAUCUGAAGGAUGCAGUUACACUUUGUGAAUAUUUCUGCUGGUUAGAAACAGAAGUCCCAAAAGGAACAGUUACUGAAGUGUCUGCUGCAGAAAAAUUGGAAAAUAUCAAAAGAGGCCAGGAAGAUUAUAUCAGUUUAAGUUUUGAUACCAUAUCCAGUACAGGGGCACAUGGUGCUGUCAUACAUUACAAACCCUCAGAAGAAACAGAUCUUCCAUUGAGUACAUCAGAGAUAUAUUUAUGUGACUCAGGAGCUCAGUACAAAGAUGGAACAACAGAUGUUACAAGAACAAUGCACUUUGGAACACCAACUGAUUUUGAAAAGGAAUGUUUUACAAGAGUUCUGAAAGGAAAUAUCAACCUGUGUACAGCUGUUUUCCCACAAGGAGUCAAAGGACACAUGUUAGACACACUAGCUAGGACAUCACUAUGGAAUGUUGGUUUAGAUUAUUUACAUGGUACUGGCCAUGGUGUGGGAGCUUUCCUUAAUGUUCAUGAAGGUCCAUGUGGUAUAAGUCCCAGAGUUUCAUUAACAGAUGUGCCAUUAGAAGAGGGAAUGAUCUUAUCAGAUGAGCCAGGUUAUUAUGACGAUGGAAAGUUUGGUGUCAGAAUAGAAAACUUGGCCCUUGUCAAGAAAGCAGACACACAGCAUAACUUUAAGAACAAAGGAUUUCUAACAUUUGAAACAAUCACCCUAGUUCCAAUCCAGAAUAAAAUGAUUGUUCCAUCAUUACUCACAGAAAAAGAGAUAAACUGGAUUAAUGAUUAUCAUACACAAUGUAGAGAUGAAGUGGGUGCUGAACUGAAACGACAAGGAAAACAAGAGGCCUUAAAGUGGAUGAUGAAAGAAACACAACCUAUUGGUUGAUACAAACUGCCUGAUAUACUGAUAUAUUUGUGAUUUGAAAGUUCAUUUAAGAAAGUUGUCUGAAAGACAUUAUUUGCCGAAGUGGUCGUAGAUGAACUUUAUACAAGUUGAUGCUUUUUUAUUGAUGUAUAUUGUAUAAGAUAGAAAUUCAUUAUUGAAGUUUGAAAUUAAUGUCAGUUUAAAAGGUUAAAUGCAGCACAGACUUGGUUUAGAAUAGUAGAGUUGUUUAAAAGAAAUAAUUAAGAUGCUUUAGCUAACAAUAUAAAUAUUGAUACUGGACUGAAAUAGGUUUCAUGAUGAAGAAUCUGCACCUUUUAAUGGCCUGUAAUGUAGGUUUAGUCUUGUCUCUCUUUACAUAGAUACAUGAAUCUUCAACUUAGAUUUGAUAAAAUAAGAUUUGUGUCAGUGUUACAGAAAUCCUUUUGAUAUCAGUAAUAUGUUUAGCAUGUUUUGGUAAAGUCAGUGCUUCCAUGUCUACAAGACAUAUUAUUAAGUCUUUCUUUUCUGUAAAGAAAUAAUUGUUAAGCCUUUGUUUUGUUUUUUUUCUAAAAUGCUGACAUAUUUUGUCUGAAGCAUGGUGAAAGAAAUAUGAUUUGACAUCUACAAUUGAUCAUGGCUAUGAGAUUUUGUAUAAGAAUAUUUGUAUUAUCGUUAUUUUAAAUAUGGUGGACAAAGGUAAAGGAUAUGUCCUGACCAAUUACUGGAUAUGUUUUAACGAAAAUGCUAUUUGUUAGUCAACUAAAUUUCUGCUUGAAAAAUUUACCACACCAGUUGAUUGUGUAUCAUUUGUAUUUCACAUGUUUACUUCAGGGUACAAUUUGCUAAUGUAUCACAAUAAGGCUUUAACAAUUUUUUAAAAGAAAAUGAGCGACUGCUUUGAUAAGCAGUGUUCAGACAGAAUAGCAAAUUGCAGGUUUUAAGCAUGAACAUUUAAAACAUGUGUUCUUCAUUAAACAAUCCCUUUUAUACAUCGUUCAGCAUAAUUUCAUGAUUUAAAGAGCGAGUUAUUUAUGAGCAAUUUCAUCAUCCAGCUAUGGUACACAUACUUAUUUUUAGUAUUUUUAUUGAUGUAGUACCAGUUUUUGAUAAGUAUUGUUGUCAAUCAAAAUAGACAAUUUUAAGCACAACGAAAUUCAUACUUUUUCAAAUAAUUAUGCUAAACAUUGAUCAGCUUUAAAUUGGGAUUGCGAGUAAUUGAAGAAAAUUACAUCCAAUUUCCAUGUAAUUGUGAUUUAUCUUUUAAUUUCUCUUUUAUUACACUAGAAAUAUCAUUAAUCAGUAACCAUUGAUGUGAAAUCAUAUCAUAUGUUGAUGUUUUCAUACAGAAUAAAUAUGGAAAUAAAGUAUUGACACAAAUGU